CGAUCGCGACUCCAUUCCACCAGCCCUCCUGCUGCUUCCGCCACCUACAAAGAUUCCACGACUCCAUUCCACAAGCCAGAACCUCACCGCACCGCCGCCCGUCUGCCUGCUUCCAUCUGACCACCGGGAGAGAUCGAUCGGAAUCUCGCACCGCAAAGCACGCACGGGCCGGAUCCACGCACCCAGCAGCCCUAUACCUUCUAUGCGGCGGGCGGCGUUGGCGGCGGUGAUGCGCGACUGGUCGCGGCGGCGUUAGGAGAGGUGUUUGCGCUCUUCCCCGCGGCAGCAAGCCGGGGCGAUGGGGUGCAUCCAGUCGAAGGCGAAGCGGAGGCAGCAUCCGGGCUAUGAGGACCCCGUCGGCCUCGCCGCCCAGACCGCCUUCAGCGUUAGUGAGGUCGAGGCGCUGUUCGAGCUGUUCAAGAGCAUCAGUGGCUCGGUGAUCGAUGACGGGUUGAUCAACAAGGAAGAGUUCCAGCUUGCAUUAUUCAAAAACGCGAGGAGGGAAAAUCUUUUCGCUAAUCGGAUAUUUGACCUUUUCGAUGCCAAGAAAAGGGGUGUUAUCGAUUUUGGUGACUUUGUUCGAGCUUUAAAUGUGUUUCAUCCGAACUUCCCGAUGGAAGAGAAAAUCGAUUUUUCCUUCAAACUAUAUGAUAUGGAUGGUACAGGGUUUAUAGAACGGAAUGAGGUAAAGCAGAUGUUGAUUGCUCUUCUAGGUGAAUCAGAAAUGAGAUUAUCAGACGAGAUUAUUGAGACAAUCUUGGACAAGACAUUUUCAGAUGCUGACACGAAUCAGGACGGAAAAAUAGACAGAGCAGAGUGGGAGAGUUUUGUCUCUAGGAAUCCUUCGUUGUUGAAGAUAAUGACUCUUUCCUACCUCAAGGACAUAACAACCACAUUUCCCAGCUUUGUAUUUCACUCUGAGGUCGAUGAUAUCGUCACAUGACCACAUAACGAAGUUUCACUUAUGGUUGUACAGUUAACGGAUAGAGAGAACCUAUGAUUUGAGUGAAAAGGCAGAAUAUUGGCAGAAGAUGUAACUUGCUUCGUUUGUUUUGUUGAUGUUCAUUAUGUCUGAGAGUUAGACCGCACAGGUUCAGGGAACAUUUGCUUGAGUUUACCAGCGCCAAGUUUUCAUGUAUGUCAGAUGCAAUUUGAAGGUAUUUGAUACAACUUAUUAUUGUCGCUAGAAUAAGGGGUGCUAUUGCUUCCUCCUAAAAAAAGUUAUACUUCGUUGUUCUA